CGCUGUGCGCUGGCGGCAGAAGCGGCCGCGACGGGGCAGGGCAGGGCUGGUCAGCGCGGCCGGAGCUAGGGCUGGCACCGCCACCGAGAGGGAGCGGGAGUCGCAGCCGGGGCUGAAGGCGUCGUCGCGGCCGCAGCGGAGUUCGCGGGUCGAGAGGCGAGGGGCGGCGGAGAUUUGCCCUCGGAUCCCAAGCAGUUGAAGCUGACCUCUGACUUGAAGCCUUCUCUCUGCUUCCUGGUCCUCGGGAGAAAUGUCCAGCACGUAUGAUGACUCUGUUGGAGUGGAAGUGUCCAGUGACAGCUUCUGGGAGGUGGGGAACUACAAGCGGACGGUGAAGCGCAUCGAUGACGGCCACCGUCUGUGCAGUGACCUCAUGAACUGCCUGCACGAGCGGGCGCGCAUCGAGAAGGCCUACGCCCAGCAGCUCACCGAGUGGGCGCGGCGCUGGAGGCAGCUGGUGGAGAAGGGGCCGCAGUAUGGGACGUUGGAGAAGGCCUGGACGGCCUUCAUGGUGGAGGCGGAGCGGGUCAGCGACCUGCACCUGGAGGUGAAGUCCUCGCUGAUGAAUGAGGACUUCGAAAAGAUCAAGAACUGGCAAAAGGAGGCUUUCCACAAGCAGAUGAUGGGCGGCUUCAAGGAGACCAAAGAGGCCGAGGACGGCUUCCGGAAGGCGCAGAAGCCCUGGGCCAAGAAGCUGAAAGAGGUAGAAGCAGCAAAGAAGGCCUACCACGCAGCCUGCAAGGAGGAGAAGCUGGCCAUCUCACGAGAAAACAACAGCAAAGCAGACCCGGCCCUCAACCCCGAGCAGCUUAAGAAAUUGCAAGACAAAGUAGAGAAAUGCAAGCAAGAUGUUCUUAAGACCAAGGACAGAUACGAGAAGUCCCUGAAGGAGCUGGACCAGGUCACCCCCCAGUACAUGGAGAACAUGGAACAGGUGUUCGAGCAGUGCCAGCAGUUUGAGGAGAAGCGGCUGCGCUUCUUCCGGGAAGUUCUGCUGGAGGUGCAGAAGCACCUCGACCUGUCCAACGUGUCCAACUACAGAAGCAUUUACCGGGACCUGGAGCAGAACAUCAAGGUGGCGGACGCCGUGGAGGACCUGCGCUGGUUCAGAGCCAACCACGGCCCCGGCAUGUCCAUGAACUGGCCGCAGUUCGAGGAGUGGUCUGCAGACUUGAACCGGACUCUCAGCCGGAGAGAGAAGAGGAAGGCCGCUGAUGGCGUCACGCUGACGGGCAUCAGCCAAACGGGCGACCAGGCUGUGCCACACAAGUCCAGCAGUGACCUGAACGCCCAGAACAACCCCGCCCGGUCAGCGCUGUCCCUGUCCAGCUACAACCCUUUCGACGACGAGGACGACACGGGGAGCACCGUCAGUGAGAAAGAGGACACCAAGGCCAAAAACGCGAGCAGCAACGAGAAGCCUCAGAGCUACCCCGCCGACUGGUCGGACGAUGAGCCCAGCAACCCCUUCUCGUCCGCCAGAGCCAACGGGGACUCCAACCCUUUCGAGGAGGACACCCCAGGGACAGAAGUGCGGGUGCGGGCCCUGUAUGACUACGAGGGUCAGGAGCAUGACGAGCUGAGCUUCAAGGCCGGGGAGGAGCUGACCAAGGUGGAGGACGAGGACGAGCAGGGCUGGUGCAAAGGACGCUUGGACAGCGGGCAGACGGGCCUGUACCCCGCCAACUACGUGGAGGCCAUCCAGUGACGGGCGGGGCGGGCUGGCGAGGGCUGGAGGCCGUGGGGCCAGGAAAGGCGCCUUCCCUGCCACAGACGGUGGCUCUGCCGCUGCCAGCUUCAUGGUGUCUCCUGCAGACAGACGAGCUGCUCUUCCCCGGGGCCCGGCACGGGGUUCCCCGCUCCCCCAGGCUGCGUGCAUGCGGCCUGACUCCGUCUGUGCUCCCUGGCCCUGGGUGCCCCCUCCCCGGGCAAUAGUGGGUUCAUUACCCCGAAUCUCGUGUCCCUGCUUCCUGUCUCCGGCGAGGCCCGUCACCCACAAGUGAAAUGAACAAAGAUGCCAUUUUCUGA